AUGGAAAAACUUUCGCUACUAUUAAUGGUGGCCACGAUCUGUUGCACGACAGCUGUGGCGGAUCCGUGUAAAGAGCAAGGUCUGUACACUGGUUUUCUGCCACACGAGACCGAUUGCUCGAAGUACUACUCCUGCUACGGUGGUGAGGCGUACUUGCAGGAAUGCCCAGACGGUAAGUAUUUCGACCCAACGCGAACCGUUUGCGAUUUGGAGGCUAACGUGGACUGCGUGACCAACAACUGCCCACCGGAUGGCAUUGUGUUUCUGCCCAUCCCGAACGUGUGCGACCGCUAUCUGAUCUGCAUUAACGGUGACGCGUUCGAGGGCGUCUGUGACGGUGACCUGUUUUUCGAUGCGGUGCUGGGAGACUGUAACCUGAAGAAUGAGAGUGGCUGUUUGGUGAAUCCUUGCAUUCAACCACCACCGAGUCCACCGCAGUUGGAGAUCUAUCCGAAUCCCGCCGACUGCCACCAGUAUCUCAUCUGCAGCAACGGAGAACCGGUCGUGAGGGAGUGCGCCCCGCAGCUAGUGUUUGACCCUUCCUCGCUGCAGUGUGUGCCGGGUGAGGAGUGUUUGCCCACCGAAGGUACGACGACGGUUAAUCCAGGGAGCACAACCACUGCUGCAGGAGCAACAACCGAUUCUUCAUCGACAUCGGAUCCUACAACGACCUUGGAUCCUACAUCGUCCUCGGAUACAACGACAACAGCAGCAACCACAACUGUGGCACCUUAA